GUUGUAUUCACAUUUUAAACCGACUUAUAAAAGUCCAUAUAGCAUAGACGCGAGAAACUAUUCGACAGGCCUUGUACACUGGGAGAUAUAUUGAUCUUCGCCUUUGUCGUCUCUUUGAUAACGAUUUUAGUGCGGUGUGCUCUUUCGAUGGAUAGGGAUUCAAUCUGCUAUUUUACAUGUAUUCAGAAUAUAAAUUUAGAAUGAUUGUCUUGUUCGUGAACAAUAUAUAUAUAUAUAUAUAUUAAGUAAGGGGUUGUAGUUGUUCUAUUGAUGUGUUUGUCAUAUUACCUACUAACACAGAUUAUACUUAAAUACACUAUCGAAGAGCGUGUAAAAUAAUGAUAAUUAAUUAUAAAUCGUGGACAGCGUCAUCUUUAUGUAUUAAAGUGGAAUAAACGGGAUUAUAUAAUCGAGUUUCGUGGCAGCACAAAUAUGUACGGUUUCGUUAACUAUGCACUUGAAUUGCUGGUGAUUCGACGGUUCGGUGAAGAAAAGUGGGAAGAAGUCAAACGCGUGGCCAAUCUAAACAUGGACGGGAAGUUCAUCAUCAGGAAAAUCUACAAUGACGCCGCCACCUACAGCGUUGUCGGUGCUGCCUCUCAGGUCUUAGGUGUUCCAGCAGCUGUAUUACUCGAAGAGUUCGGGAAGAUGUUCUUCGAUUUCUGCAAAGAAUCUGGGUACACAAAAAUCUUGAAAGUGUUGGGUGCAAACACCAGAGAAUUUCUACAAAACCUUGACGCAUUGCAUGAUCACUUGGCAACCAUAUACCCUGGCAUGCAGGCACCAUCGUUUCGAUGCACGGACGGUACUGGUGCGCUUAUCCUUCAUUAUUACUCAGACAGACCGGGCUUGGAGCAUAUUGUGAUUGGCAUCGUGAAGGCCGUUGCGAAAAAUCUGCAUGAUUCGGAAGUGGAGGUUAAAGUCAUCAAGACAAAAGAAGAAUGCGAUCACGUACAAUUUUCCAUUGUUGAGAAAAAUCAAUCGAAUGUUACCGACAGAAAUCACAACCACGUUGAGAAUCAAUUUAGUUUGGCACCAAAGAUUAGUCCGGUAACAUUCUGCAGGGCUUUUCCGUUUCAUAUUUUCUUUGACAAGGACAUGAAGAUUACUCAAACUGGCUUUUCGUUGGUGCGCGUCAUUCCAUCUGUUGCCAAUGGUACCUGUAGAAUCGACAGUAUUUUUGAAAUGGUCCGUCCACAUAUGGAGUUCUCCUUCAAUCAUAUCCUCUCUCACAUCAACACAGUAUUUGUCUUGAGAACCAAAGAAGAUGUUAUUGACAGGUGUGCGGACGACAAUGACAACAACAGGUACGACAACCAGGACACAUUGCGCAUGCGCCUAAAAGGGCAAAUGGUGUACGUUCCAGAGUCGCAGAGUCUUCUCUUCAUGUGCUCCCCGAGCGUCAACAGCCUGGAUGAUCUCAGCAGGCGUGGUCUGUUCCUUAGUGACAUACCUCUCCAUGACUCCACACGGGAUCUGGUGUUGCUGUCAGAAAAAUUCGAUGAAGAAUACCGUCUGACGCAGAAACUCGAGUUCUUAACAGACAAAUUGCAGACAAUGCACCGGGAAUUAGAAGAAGAGAAACGAAAAACUGACAAACUGAUGUAUUCAAUUCUGCCCUCCACAGUGGCGAACGAACUACGUCACAACCGCGCUGUUCCGGCCAGGAAGUUUGAGAAUGUCACACUUAUGUUCAGUGGAAUUGUGGGAUUCAGCAAGUUCAGCACAAGUAACUCUGAUGCCAGUGGCGCCAUUAAAAUUGUCAAACUGUUGAAUACUGUUUACACAAAAUUUGACGACAUACUGAAAAGCCACACAGAUGUGUUUAAGGUAGAGACUGUAGGUGACAAAUACAUGGCAGUAAGCGGUCUACCCGAGGAGUCUAUAACUCACGCAAAGUCAAUUGCAAAACUCGCCUUGGAUCUAAUGGAUGUGUCAAAAGAGCUGCGAGAUCCGAACAACCAUCUUAUUGAGAUAACCAUUGGAAUUCACUCGGGCGAGGUGGUUACAGGUGUGAUUGGAAAGAGGAUGCCACGCUACUGUCUGUUCGGCAACACGGUGAAUCUCACAAGCAGGACGGAAACCACGGGUGUCACUGGAAGGAUCAACGUCUCGCAAAACGCAUAUAACUACUUGAAGGAAGGCCCAUGCUAUGACCAAGAGUUCCACCUGACGUACAGAGGAGAAGUGAAGAUGAAAGGCAAAGCUGAACCAAUGCAAUGUUGGUUCUUGACACGUAAACUCACUCUUGACAAAUAAAAAGGACGCGUAUUAGGCAAAAAUGUGCAGUACCGAAAUGUUACAUGUAAAUUAAAGUAUGGAAAAAUAAGCCAGUAUUGGUCUUUAUCUGAGAAUUAUCUAAUGAUUAUAAUUAUAUAUUAACGUGCACUUAGUAAUUGUUCAUGAAUUUAUGUUGUGUGUGGUUGUUAAGAUAUCUUGCGAUCGAUAUAAUUGAUUUCUGAUUGCGUAAUUUCAUAUUGAUAUAAGUAUUGACACAACACGUAUUGUACUCACUAUAUCGUGGAGCUCGCCACUGUUAAAUGUUGACAUAUUUAAUAAAUGAAGAUAACAAUCAAACUUAUUUACGUUUAUAUUUUAUUAUUUCACAUGUCUUUGUGCUGUUGAAUGUUAAUUUAUAUUCGAAAUUUUCGUAAUUAAAGAAUUACUCUAUUA